UUGAAGAUAUACAAACGCGGUUCGAGUGUUCGUAUCGAUACAACAUUGGUCGGUUUUGAUACAGCAACAAGUUGGAAGCGCGGCAACGAGUCCUUUAUAUUUCGAUUCUCAGAAAACAGUCUGCCGCAGUUGGUUGUGGUCGACCAUGACUCUCAGACAGCAACCACUAAUUCGGUCGGCGCAAACUACAGCGAGGAUCUCAGUGAAUAUGAGCCAAGUCAAGGAUCAGUUGAUAUACGGAUGUCUUCGCCUGUUGACACUACCUAUGUUGAUAUUGACAAAAUCGGGUUCAUAAAAACUGCAUUAUUACAGGUAUUUAAUGCAAGUAAUGUGGAAAUUGUGACAAAAACGCGUACGGAACAUUUGCUGGAAGAAGAUAAAGAAAGAUUUCGUCGUCAGCAGCAUGAUAAUCCAUUGAAUGCAGUGCUGAGGCUUGCCGAAAAACGGCAAGAAUGCACUAGUGAAAUGAAACAAACAGGAAGUGAUGUGUAUUGUGGUCUCACGCCAGAGCAAUAUCUUGAUCCGGAUUACUCAAUGGAGAAUCGUGAUAUUGGCCACCCAAAGCAGGUCCUCGCUGCUUUAUUUAAUUUCCUCCUUUGCGAGAAUAUCCCGUUCCAGUUGUUCUGCUCCUUUCGCUCCUGCGGCGUUUUCCUGGCGGGACACUGA